AUGUUUCAUAAUUCUCCAGGAAGCCGGGUGGAGCAACGAACCCAGGAUGGAGACUAUCCAAGCCAUACGUUCUUUUGGAGGCAGCUGCGCGUGAAGUAUUACGACAACACUGAGUGGAAUGAUAAUUUGAAAGACCGCGGGAAGGUCUUAGAGUCCAGUCUGUCCUGCAGAGACUCAGAGCUCCUUUGCAACUGUUCCAGCUCAAAUUAUUUUGACUUUGCCUGGGAUGGGACGAGAUUGGUUCACAUCGAUGAGGACGGCAUCAAGAGAAGUAUUGGUCCGUCACCCCUACGUGGAGCGGGUCAGGCCACGUUGACGCUUCGGCAGUUCAACCUGCGCCUGAAGGAGAGUAAGCUGACGGCUGAGUUUGCGCAUACCUAUCGAAGACCCACGAGCACCACCACAACCAUCACCAGCACAACUGAGUCCACGACUGCGAGGACCACCAGCAGGACGUGGAGCACGACAAGUACAUUCGCCACCAAGAGCAAAACCACCACAACGACCAUGGCUGACACGAGCACAGACACCACAUCAACUUUCGAAACAGAAGAUGAAGAGACAACAGAGGAGCUCACAACAACUUCAGGAGACGAGAAUGACGCGGAUGAGGAGUCCGACACUCAGGACGGUGACGACUACGAUGCGCCGCAGACCGAAGGAUCCGCAUCCGCAACCACCAGUCAGAGCAAAGGUGCUAAGCAGUCCACGAAGUCCACCACAAAGUCCACCACGCCGCCCGGCGGUGCCAGCGUUACGACCACAGCGGCCACCACGGCCACAACGACUGCGGCAGCCGCUACCACGACAGCUGCCGGUGGCAGCGCCGGUGGCAGCGCCGGUGGCAGCGCCGGUGGCAGCGCGAAAACCACCAAAAAGCCGACGACGACCAAAGAAAAAGACGAGGAUGAAGCUGAAGAUUGGGAUACGAAGCCUCGGAGUACCAGUGUUGUCACCACAACCACGACCACCUUGUUUUGUCACUGCUACGUCAAUGUGACCUGGCGUUCUGAGGCGCAUGGUAUGGCCCCUGCAGGGCCCUUGGGGGAAAAGAAGCUCCGGCGUGCCACAGUGCCUCACAGCAUCUCGGGAAAACUUGGAGGCUGCAGGAAGUUUUGCAUCCAGGACAAUCUGGUAAGGGCUGCUGGCUUACACAAAGGAAGCAACGACUUUUGUACUUGCUACACUCCAGACGUCAACCUGCCGUUGUACGACGCCGCAACAAGGCAUGAGGAGGAGGAGACGGUCAUUGGCAGCUGGAGCGUGGCGGAGGCCAACUUCCAUGGCUACAGCAAAAUGGUGAAAGCCAUUUGGACCUCGGAAGCCAUCCAGGCCCGUGCUGGCUGCCCCAUCGAUGGCUCAGACUGCAGGGGUUACUUCAGCAGGGGCUGUGAUGAUAAGGCUCCGCUGGAUUGCCACAAUGCUCAUCGGCAUAGCCCCUACUCGACCAUCUUGCCACUGGAUGUGCGGCCAGACGAUAGUUUCUAUAUUAGUAAGGCCUGCGAGACCAACGACAAUGUGGUCCUCUGUUCGAAUGCCUGGCUCAUCUUCGAUUUUGAAGAGAGGUUUACCGUGACCAAGCUUCGAUUGUGGAACUAUGCCAGCGACGAAGCGGUCCGGAAGAUUCUGGUCAGCGCCGGCAAAGACUUGGACAGCCUGCUCGAAGCUCAAGUUUUCCACGACAUCUCCAAUGUGGACGCGCCAAAACCUCCAGCAGACCUGAGCAUGAGAGGCAAGGUGCCCAGUUCGCCACAUCCCGUGACGGAGAUGACGUUGGACGUGCCGCUGACGGGGAGAUUUUUGAAGAUCGAAAUCUUGCAGAACUACGGGGCCCAAGGUGUUGGCUUCUACCGUGCAGCUUUUGACGGCUACAAGUCGCCCUUCACGGAUUACAUGCCCUUUCCUGGGAAGAGUUGUGGAGGCUAUGAAUUGGAAGAUCUCAAUGGGAACUUCACUCUCCCGGAGCUCUUUUGUCGAGCACUGUGCAGUAGUCGCAUGGACUGCGCUGCAUUUGAGGUGGUUUACAGCGGCGAACAUGCUGGGCGAUGCAUUUUUCAUAGCAACAUAUGGAUUCCAACCAAAGCUUUGGACGACGACCGGGACUGCUACGUGAAGGACAACCAGGUGGUUUAUUGCCGAAAGGGAUUACCGUUUCAGGACGUGUGUUGCAGCUCUGAGUGUGGCGUUUGCGGCGGUGACAAAUGCUCUUGGCGUCCUGGGGGCCGUGAGCGUUGCUGUGCUGGAGCCAUUCGGGCCAUGCGGGAUUUGUGCGCCAACGAUACAGACGUGGCGUGCCGAAUCCCGCGGCCGCGGCGCGCGGGAACUCCCACCCUGCGCCUGACCUUCGAAAGGCCUUUGCUUCGUGCCCGAAACGCCUCGUUGCCCGCCUCGCAACUCGCCGCCGCUUUCGCCAUGGCUCUGCGCCUCCUUGCCGCGGCCGCGACCGCUGCGACCGGUGCCGCAGCCUUCGCAUCUUGGGAAAGCCAUGGAGAGCUGAUGGACCAGGAAGCAUUGAAGCAGAAAGCCACCUCACAGGAGUUGAUCGACGCCGUGAACUCCGCAUCUGAGAAGACCUGGGUGGCGGGAGAGAACCUGCGCUUCGCGGGCGCCUCGUUGGCUGAGGCGAAGAUCUUGAUGGGAACCCUUCAGGACGUGAGCAAUUUGACCCGCCUGCCUUACAAGCCAUUGGACAAGGUGGUGGAUCUGCCAGAGGAGUUCGAUUGGCGCAGCGAUGCGCGGGCCAAGAACUGCCCCAGCCUCAAGGAGAUCCGUGACCAGGCAGAUUGCGGAUCUUGCUGGGCAUUCGGAUCAGUGGAGGCCAUGACGGACCGCAUUUGCAUUGCCAGCAAAGGGCAGAAGAAGAUCCACCUCUCCGCGGAAGACGUGACUUCCUGUGAUAACAUGGGGGACAUGGGCUGCAAUGGGGGCAUCCCUUCAACAGUGUACACCUACUACAAGACCUUCGGAAUUGUGGAUGGCGGCAAUUAUGGUGACAAAUCCAUGUGCUAUUCCUAUCAGUUGAAGCCUUGCGCCCAUCACAGCACCUCAGCGAAGUACCCCAACUGCACUAGUAGCGAGGCCACCCCCAAGUGCGCGCGCAAGUGCGUGGACAACGGGGCCAACUGGCGAUCCAGCAAGCAUUACGGCAGCGGUGGCUACAGCGUGUGCCAACAGGGUGACAGCAAGUGCAGUGAUGCCAUGAUGCAGGAAAUUUACCAGAAUGGGCCAAUCACCGGCAUGUUCUUCGUGCAUCAAAGUUUCCUUUCCUACAAGUCCGGUGUCUACAAGGCAGGUCUAUUCUUCAAGGACCCCAUGCUGGGAGGCCAUGCCAUUAAGAUCAUGGGCUGGGGUACUGAGAAUGGAACCCCUUACUGGUUGGUGGCCAACAGCUGGAAUGAAGACUGGGGUGACCAUGGUUACUUCAAGAUCGAGCGUGGCACCAACCAGUGUCAGAUCGAGAACCCCAUCAUCAACGGUGGCCCCGUGGCUGGUUUGCCCAAGACCUCCAACCCCGAAGAGAUGGUCGUGUGAAGCAUUGGCAAAGCGCCAGUCGUUUCAAUGACUGGCCAAUUUUGACCCAGCGAUCGAAAACCAAUGUUGGUUGAGGGUCGACUGAUCACACCCGAGAGGCUUUUGGUCGCGGGUGUGGCAUUUAAGUGUGGC